UGUUUCCCAUUUUUUGCAUAUAAAAGUUUAAAUUAAUUAAAAAUUCGGCCAAUUAUUAGCACUUAAUAAGUGAGAGUAAUAAAUUGGUAGAAUCCAAGUAUAUAAUACCUAGUUCGUGUUUCAUUUGAAUCUUGUAUGCAGGUUGAAAUGCGCUGUGAAAAUAAGUUGUAAUGUAAAUUUGUAAUUUACGACGAUUCGCUGCGUAAUUGGAUACACCAGACUAUGCUUUAAUUGAAAUGGAAGAAGCGGAAAAGCAUUGUUUUAAAACACUAGCAAUGGCCAAUGCCAGGCAGAACCAACCAAAAAAUAACAAGAUGCCGAUGUCUUCCUCGCAGCCGCCGUCGCACAAUGCGGGACCAUCGCCCAAACGUAUUAUUAAUAAAAUACCAUUGGAUUUUAACAAAUUAAAGCAGGUUGGCUUGCAUGUGAAACUGGCAGAGGCAUUGAGUAAACAAAAUAUGAAUGCAGCCAAAAAUAUUGCAUCAGCAACAACUGCUUCGGCAACAACAUCUGCCACCUCCGCUGCAGCAGCGCAGCCAAACGCGACAACGCCUGCAAUGCAUACACAAAAGCAGCAGCAACGCGAGCAUCAGACUGCUUCAAAAUCUGUCGGGAAUAAUAGCCCAGCAACCGCGACUGAGCCAUCGUCGCAUAUUAAAGCGCUGAUUAAAAACAAAAUAAUGAACAAAUCCGCACAAUCUCAAGUGCAUCGACAGCCAACAGAUACGACAACAACAGCGCCAAGCACUGAGAUUAGUGGACUCCGCUCAGGAGCAGCAUCUGGAGGUUUUACUAUGCCCAUAGCCAAAGCUGACUUGACGUUGCGUGCCAAGCCGGCGCUGUUGCUCAAUCUGGUCAAUCAGUUGCCCAAGCAGCGAGCAACGUGUGGAAGCAUCAAACCACCACAGCAGCAAAAGAGGCAACAGGAGUCAACACCGCCAAGGUCAACACCUUCUCCGCCACGCGCCGGAUCAUCACCAGUACGAGCACAAGCAAAAGCACCACCACCAGCAGCAGCAUCUGCACCAUUGGCGAAAUCUCCGCCGCCGCUGAUUGUUCUGGAGAACAAGGUGUUGGCCCCCAAUGAGAAGAUCGAUUUGAGAGCUCUGCGGCUGCCCAACGGCCAAUCCGCCGCAGUGCCGCCCUCUGCGCUAACCAUUGUGCCCACUACGCCCAAUGAGACCAGAAAUGCAGACAAUUUGAAAGAGCCCAUGGAAAAAGCCAAAGAUAUUCUGGGAAAAUUACAGGGAAGCAGUGCACCGGUCAAAAAAAUGAUACUGAAUGUCAACAAGCUGAAAGUGCCACGUGAGGAGCUUGCCCAGUUGGCCAAGGAGGUGCGUAAGCAAGCAAUGCAGCAUGUGCAGCAACAGAAGCAGCCAAGCAUGGACAUUCCAGCCAUAAUACCGGUGCCAUCAAUGGGCAUUGGACCAGCUCCCAGCCUUAUUACAACUCUAUCACCAACCACAAGAACAAAGAUUUGCAGCUCAAUGAUAAAUCCAGUCACCUCCACCUCUACCUGCUCGGCGACACCAAAAACAACAAUCCCGUCUUCAUCAUUGAUAACUCCAAUUGUAAAAACUUGCCCAAAUCCGAUGGUGGCAUCAGCUGACGAAGCAAGCAAUAACCAAGUAUCCUUCACCGCAACCACAUCUAGAGGAAAGCCGACAUCAUCAUCAUCAUCGUCUGUGGCAGUUAAAGCAGAGCCGGAAAGCGAUGAACUGUCCGCCGUGGAUUUCAUAGAACAGUUGACUGCCAAAAAGGAUGCCGAUCCCAAUAACUAUUUGGAGCUGUCCGCCGAGGAGCUGAGCAUGAAUGCCAAGUUUGGCAGCAGCCACAGUUCAAAGCCAGCUCCAGUUACUGUUGGACCCGAGGACGACCUGCCCAUAGGCAAGAUAUUGCAAAUGCAGGAUAUGGAUAUAUUGCAUGCCACAUUAAAUGUGAAUGGCAACAAGCCGAAUGUCUUGUGUAUUAGUCCCAAUGCCAUCAAACUGCAAAGCAGCGCAGGCCCUGAAGAGACUGAACGUCCACUUGUCGAUGAUAAGGAUGGAGACAGUACAAGCAUAUCCAAGUUCCAACCGCUAAAGGUAACAGCUCCCAAACAUGUGUAUACCAAUACAAAGAGGAAGACUCCUUUGUCAACGGUCACAAGUUUGGUAGAAACAUCAGCACCCACCCAGAAUGAGACCAAGGAUAAAGCGCCCGUCCGUACGGUUGAAGCGGAGUGCGCGAAGGAGAAACCCCAACCCGUGAAGCAAGUGCCUUACAAGCCCAAAAGGGGCAAAGUCAAUUUGGUGCAACGCAACAAGAAAGCAAGUGCUCCGAAGCCGAAUGAGACGAACAUAGCUACAAAGGUUGCUGAAGAACCAUUCCAGGUGUCAGACACGGAAAUCUCAUCCGACAUUGCUGAAGUGACGAGGGAAACUCCGGCUGACGAAGAAAUCGCUCCGAAAGCGGCAGGCAAUAAAGAACAAUCCCAGAAGGAGGUAGCCGAAAAAUUGACAGAGAUAAAUCCAGCGAGGGAAGAUCUAGAUACAACCAAAAGGAUUGAGAAAAAAGUGGAAGAUGUGGAAAGCACAAAAGCUGAUAAGAUUGUGAUCUCAAAUAAAACAGAAAGUGUGAUAACCGAAGAAGCUGCAAAAGCUGUUAUGAAUCCGGCUCAAAUGAAUCUCUCAAAGGAAAGAGACCUAACCCAGCUCUAUCAUCCGCCCAAGUUGCCUAAGCACAAACAGAACCCUUCAAAGCCAAAGGACAACCAGAAUGAGGAGCACACUCCAGCAAUUGUGUUACCUUUCGAUGCCGUCAAACGGGAGCCAGCACCGCCGCAGGGUAAGCCGCAAUUGCCUUUUCGAAGCAGCGAGCAAAACGAUGAGAGACUAGAGCCCAUGAACAGGACAUUUGCAGACGCAUUGGGGAUUCAAAAUCUGGUUAGUCAGUUGGCAGCAGAGAAAGUUGUACCGCCCAGCAAAGGGAAAGAGGUCAAGUCGGAGGAGACAGCUAAAUUGCCCAGAAAAAAACUAGUGAAGACAAGACCGGUGCUAAGCAUCAAGAGAUCUGCGAAGGCAGCCCAAUCACAGGCAACGGCAGCCGAAUCCAAGAAAACUGAACCACUGGUGCCGAGAAAGAGACCGCUUACCCCGGAGAGCCAACAUCGAGCAAAGACUUCCAGUACGAGUGACGACGAUGGCGACAUGUUUCAUGGUUUCGAUAAUAGGGCGUCGAGCUGUAAGCGAUUCAAGCACUCGGAGGAGAAAGAAACGGACAUAAGUGAUGAUGCCUCACCUGAUUAUGAUGAGAUGGAAGAGGAGCCCCAGCCGGACAUGGAAAUGUCAGCCAAAAAAACAAAGACUGAAUCUGUUGUUAACAACACGCAGACAGCAUCAAUGCAUACGGAUGCUGCCGCAGUGAAUCUGGAAGACGCUGAACCAAUGGAGCCACUCAAAGAGGAUACUUUAAAGAAAACAGCGUCCAGGAGAAAGACUGCAAUGCAGGAAGCGGAAUCAGAGCAAACGGCAAAACGUCCUCGAACGGCCAGUGCGAAAGUAAAAGACGCAAAAAAGAAGUCGGAGUCGAAGUGGAAAGUAAAAGUAAAAGGCUCAGCGCCAGCGAAUGGGGAUCCUUCUGCAGAAUGUGCAAAAGAAGAGAAUGUUUCGAAUGAAGCUACGCCCGAGGAGACUGGGAUUAAGGAACCAAUCAUUGUCAAGAAAAAGCGAGGUCGUCCGCGAAAAUCAGCCGUAAUAGCUGACACCACGAAUGCAUCGCUUUCAGAGAGUGCGAAUCCGUUGGACUCUUCCGCUGAUAGCAGCAUGCCACCGGUUGCUGCAUCCACGCCGGACGCCAAGCGUCGCGGCCGCAAGACCAAAGAUAUUCCAACAGCGGACAAUGAGAAUAUCACUGAAUCCUGCCGGCAGACAAACGAUUUUUACCAUCGUCUGCUGCUCACACGCAGCCGUCAGCAAUUGGUCAGCGGGGAGGAGCUGCGCGAGGAUAACGCUGGCGAGGGCGAUCUACAAUGUGGCUUAUGCCUUGUGCGCUGCGAGAAGGCUGACUGGCGGUCGCAUCUCGGCGAGCACUAUGGCGUCGGCUGGCUUAUCGAAGAACCAGCUCCGUUGCUCACGCGCAGUUCUGUAUUGAAAAUGAUGAAAACCUAUUUGGAUGCGGGCAGCAAGCGUUUGAACUGUCGCCUGUGUUGUCGUAGUCUGACCUCCGCCCUGGGCAUGAUGUUGCAUCUGGAGGGCUGUGGCAUCAAGGAGCGCAUGGUGUGCGAGAGUUGCAAAGGUAGCUAUACCAAGCUAUCCUAUCCCUCUCAUGUUCGCACCUGCCCCAAGCGACGGCGGACGCUAACCGAGGAGGAUCAGGCAGCGCAGACAGCAGCCGAAGCAGAAAUGGAAAAUAGCGCACCAGUUUACAGUAAUGCGGGUCGUACUAAACGCAAGUCCACGUUGAAGGCCGAAACAAAGCUGGAGAAGAUUGCAGCGCAGACAAAAGAACUCGGUGUUGAUGAAACGGAAAACUCUAAAGGUUUUGAUGGAGAUGCAUUUGAUUACGAUUUGGGCCCACAAAAAGAUUCAUCCGACGAAGUUGAAUCAGAUGGUGCGGAUUCCAGUCAAACAGAUGGAGGUCCUGCUAGAUCGUCAACCAAAAAAGAACACAAACCAGCUCAAAAGACUUUAUACGGACGUAUAAAUGUUAAAAAGGUGAUGAAGGAUCGCUGGAACCAUUUCACCGAAACAAAUUAUGCCAAAGGCAUUUUGUAUCCGCAUCUUGUGCCCCGCUUUGAGAAGCUUUCAGCUGCCGAUGCAAGACAGUUGCUGCCUUCCAAGGAUUCCACAUCCAUGCGCUAUGCCUAUGACAAGGUGGAAGAUAAUAACUGGAUGCAGUUGAAGCCCAUGGAGAGCGUCAGUAAAGAGUAUGAACAUAUAUUGUAUCUGGGCAACGCUGUUAAGGAGCUGGCUUGGGUGCCAUUGCCUUCGACGGUGGAGACGCAGUAUUUGUUGUGCUCGCAGCGCAACAAGAUUCUCGGCUAUUCCCGUCAAUUCAAGGACAAACCGGAGAAUGCCUUGCUAUUACUGAUAGAAUGCAAAACGCCGCCAGCUGGCGACGAUAGCGCAUGGACACUGCAGACGCGACUGCAUUAUGGUAUAUGUGUGCCAGAUGGACCUGUGCAUAGCCUGGCAUUUAUGGCCAGCGGUGGCUACGAUGAGUCUAUUAACCGUUUAGGUCUUCUGGCCGUGGGAGGUCUGACGGGCGCGGUCAUUUAUGCGCUGCCCUUGCAUUUGAAUAACGACACCGAACAGGCUGCUAGCAAGGAAAUGGAUGAUGUUAUUGUACUGCAACCGAUGCUUAAGCUUAUCUUGGACAUAGAUAAUCCUUUGCAGGAUGCGUGCACUAAAAUAUGCUGGUCUGAGAGCUCUGGUCAUAAUUUGCUUGUAAGUGGCUAUGCCAGCGGUAAUGUUGCCUUUUAUGAUAUCUCCGAUGAGCAGGGACUCAAUUGCGUUGAGCGAAAUAAUCAACGACAUUUUCUACCCGCACAUUUCUUUUAUUUCGGCGAGCGGAACAUAUAUAAUUUGGAGCUGCAUUAUGACACGAACGGAGCACGUUGGUUAGCCAUAGGCACCAAUAUGCGCAAACUGUGGGUCUAUGACAUAGCCAACUGGUCGCAGCCGUUGCCAAUUUCGGGCGAUACCGUAUGCAAUAUGUUUAUGGGCGGCCUCAAUUGGUCUCCUUUGUGGGAGGCAUUGGCCGUUGGUUGCACCGAGGUGUAUAAGUCGCAAUUUCCGCGCUUGCUCGCGCUCAAUCCAUCGGGCAUUUCUUUUAGCCAUUCGACGCUGGAUGUGGUGUUGAGCAGCCCACGUGGAAUGCAUUUUAAUUGGGAGCAAUUGACAUUGGUUGCAGUAACGGAUAACGGCGAUGUGGCCUUUUUACAAUGUAAUCAAUUCAAUCUGGAAAUGAUGCUACAAAAGCGAACCACUAACUGUCGCACUGUGUGCUCAACGGAGCCGUGCCUUCUGAGCGGUGCUCCAGAGUCAAACACCAUUAGCCCGGAACAGUUUAAGCGAGACUAUGGACUGAUCCUGAAGCCACUCAAAAAUGUGGCCAAUGACAAGAAGUCAACGUACAUUAACCUAAAGCGACGACCCAGCUUUGAUUUGUUGAACCUAAUGCGCUUGAAUAGUGUACGUUGGAAUUGGAAUGAGCCCGCACGGAACUGGGUGGUCGUCGGUGCGGAGCACGGUUUGCUUCGCAUCAUUCAAUUUGAGGAAGGGAAACACUUUCGUUUUUUUUAAUAAACGCAUUAUUGAGAUUUUAAUUUUAACAAAUAAUUAUGUUAAUUGCUUUUUAAGAAGAUUCGGCUUAUGAAGUUUGACGCUCUUGAAGAUUUUUUUGAAUAACUUGUAAUAAUUUAUUAAUAGCUGUUAUGAUAAUAGGCAUAAUAAUGUAUAUAUAAAGCUAUAUUUAUAUGUAUAUUUAAAAUGAUAUCAUGUAAUUGCAUUACUGAAAGCAUGUAAUAUAUAUAUAUUUAAAUAAUGAAGUAUAUUUAUUACAUUUAUAAAUGCGAAUAUAAAAGAUAAAUGUUGAAACGAAUGGAAAAAUCAAACGUUUAAUUUGGUUUGCCUUCCUCGCCUAAGGAAAGCUUCCAAUUUAUGGAUCAAAAUGGAAAAAGGAAUGAACGCUUCAUGCUCGACAUCGCAUCAGCUUUGUGAAAAUAGUAUUCCUUUGAAAAGUAAAACUAAGGAAUCGACACACUCUGGCUAUUUCAAAAUUGCAAUAAAUACAUUAAAAUUUUAUUAUAAUCCUCAAAAGAAACAUCUCGAGGAUAGCUAUAAGUAUGGAUAUAGGUCAACAAAACGUUUUUAAGGUUGAGCUACGCACGUUGGAUGAUUAUCAUCGACGCCUGACUCAUUUGCUGGAGCGGAUGGAGCGCCUGGAAGCCUCCUUGAAAUCGCUACCGUUGGCCAGCCGUCUAUGUAACAUGGAUGCCGUGCAGGAGAAGAUGCUUGACGAUAAUGCUCAGGAAAAUGAACAGCACAAGGAAAAUAUUGAAGAUGUACAGUCGGAGAUGUAAUUAAACAAACGAGAAGGCCAGUUAAAUGUGACGAAAAAAAGGAUUCAACAGAUAUUUAAUCUAGCUGGCAAAUCGUGACUGAUAUGGUAUUAAAAACGAGAUAUUUUUAUUUACAGCAUACAUAUAUAUAUUUAAUAUAACUCUCACUACUCUUUAUCUGCAUCAUAUACAUAUGGUACUUGGUAUAUAAAUAUAUAUUUAUAUAUAUAUUUAUAAUUUACAUCAAUAUUUUCAAAAUGGAUGCAGAUACAUUAACAAUGAUAUAUAACGCCUUAACGUUUGAGCUUUGAUAAGCAGCGAUCGCGAUUUAAUAUUUUUUAGUUAAUUUGCGAUUCGAAAUGUUUGAUAUUAAAUAAUGUAUAUAAAAAUCAUAUUAAAAAUGAAUUUAAAAACCGUUUAGUAAAUAAAUAUGUUGGCAAAAUGCGUGGCUUAAAACUAAACAGGCUAAAAUGCUUACACAAACAAAAAACUGAAUGUUUCGAAUAACACACAGACAAACUAAAUAAUACAUAAUAAA